AUGAACUGUGGUCUCAAUCAGAAAAACAAGAGAACAAACCCUAGCUACCGGUCUUCAAUAUUCCCGGCCGCCGCUCCAACUGCUCUCCGUCCAAAUCGUCGCCGCCUCUCCCAAAUCCUCCACUGCGCUUGCUCGCUCUCUCCAAAAUCGCCGCACCGCGUCCUCACCCAGUACUCACCCCGCCCCCACCCGAGAUCCUGCUGCCUCUCGACCUUAAUCUUGCCCGUGCCCUCCACCCAGAUCCUGCGUGCAUGUGCAUCCUCCCUCGUCGGCGGCAAGAACAAGCUCGUGCGUUGUCCACCUCCCCGACUAAACACAGGGGCGCACACGGUUUGGGGUGUCUGCGGUGAAGGAAUUCCCAACAAGCCUGCAACUCAAUGCCACCUCCGUUCUUGCCUGCUUAUUUUAGAGUAUAUUCAUCUGCUUAUUUUAGGAGCUACCAUGCUUGUUCUCAUGGUUAGUAGAGUGGCACAGCUCUGCAGAACUGGUUUGUCUGGAAGAGGGGAUGGGAGCUAUGGGCAAGGCGAAUGGGCUAAGUUCCUUGGAAGUGGCACAGCUCUCCGCAGAAGCUAGUAAAUGAGAUCAGUUAGGAGUUAUCUUUUUGUUCUUUGAAGUGAAUUGAAGUCUUCACCAUUCCAGCGGUAGCACCAAACACUAUGAGCUAUGGUUUUGAGCUAAUCCUGUUCCUCUAGAUGAAAUAUAGAAGGCAAGCUCAUCUUUAUGAGCUAUUGUAAACAGCAGUCAAAUAUGUUAUUAGUUGGUAUGUUUGUUGCACUAAACGAUAAUUUGUGAGGAAGAUGUACCUUUAAGUUGUGUAUUUUAUAAAUGAAAUUUUUAUGAUGAAUGAAUCAUUGAAGUUCAAUG